AUGUUAUCUGUACCUCUGAGUCGAGUACGCUCGCCGAAGCUAAAACGUCAAACGCCCGUUGAUGACGAACUCGAUGGUCAACAUCAAAGUCAACCAGCGAAGUCAAUUGCUUCAGAUUAUGAAUCGAAUUCAUCGCGUUCACUUUCACCCUAUUGGCGAAUUGUUAUGGAUCCCGAAUCGUCAUCUAGUUACUUAGAUGUACCUGAAACAACGAAUAACAGUCGACGAUCGUCAAAUAAUAGUGUUGUACGUUUUACUCCACAUGAUGGAUCGGAUCUAUGUUCAAUUCUCGAUAUGACAUAUGAAUCAGAAAAUCUCGAAAAAGCAAUUAUUAGUAACGAUAAAUACACCGUUCGUCGUAUAAUAGAUAUCCAUCAAAAUAAAUUUAAUCUCAUUAAAGAUCGUUCAAGUUUACCACAUACACAAUCAGGUUUUCCUACACAUCCUUUACCUGCAACACAUCUAACUCUCCAUCCUACAGCAUCAUAUGGUUCACCGUCAAUCACAAGUAAUACCGAUCUAUUAGAAGUGGUUAGUAAACAAGCACUAAUCAGUAAUGAAAAUGACGAAUUACCAUCGAUUUCGUCACCCGAACAAACAAAUUCAAUGUUCGAACCAGCAAAUAGUAUCUUAAACUACACAAGUGGCCCGUUAGCGAUCGCUUUGAUGAAUUAUCAUCAACAAGCACACUCAAAUAAUCAUCUCACAUCGAAUCCCUCCUCGAUCAACAUUGGAUCACCAAUGACUGAACGUCUGGAAAACGAACAUGAUUCAAUGAUCACAGCUCCAACCAGUUUUAACAAAGAAUCGGUUUAUCCAACAAGCGACUCACCAAACGAUGCUCCGCCCAUCUUUCGAAAUGUUCUACAUGUUGCUAUUAUGUAUGAUGCUCGCGAUGUCAUGCGGAUUUGUUUGAAAUAUGGUAUCGAUCCCAAUGCUCCCGGUAUUCAUCCAAAUACCAUCCAUACUUCAUCAAAUUCUCAAACACCAACAUCCAACACCUACUCUCAUUCAAGCACGCGUUUAUCACCUGAUCUGCCACGCGCAUCACCAUGUCGAAACGGUACUCUCGAUUAUACGAACUAUUACACUAAUGAACGUUUAUUUACGCUACCACCGUUGUUUCUUGCUGCUCAACGUAAUAAUCAUUAUGCUUGUACACUUUUACUUAAAUAUGGUGCGAAUGUUAACGUACGUGAUGAACAAUAUUGCAGUCCAUUACAUUUAGCUGCACGUCUGCAGCAUGAUGUGUGUGAUAUUCUUAUAUCUCAUCACGCUUGUAUAACAAUUUCGAAUAAAUAUGGUGAUACACCUUUGUCUCUCUGGCCCAACGUCAAGCAACUACAAAUCGCAUUUGUUGAACGUGAAUUUAGUAAACUCUGUCGUAAGCAUUCGUGUGUAUCCAAGCGUUAUCGAUUUCUCUCGCGUGAUACGAACAAUGAUCAUUACCAAACGAUAUCAUCAAUGAUGAAUUAUAAUAACGGCUUAGUACCAGCUCAUGGAUUGAAAAACUUGAAACGUGUUUUCCGAUACAGUGGAAGCGAUUCGUACGAUUCGAAAUCGUUUAAGAAAAGUUUCUCCUCGCAAAGUUCAAUCGGUAAAUCAAAGCGAAUAACCGGAAGUAAUCUUCAAACAAAUGGACCAGGAACAUCCAUCGGCCGAAGUGAAUCUCGACAAGUAUCCGAAGAACGUGAAGAUACAGACAUAGCUCAUCUCGGAAGAUCAUUGAAUGUUAAACGAAAAACCGGUACAUCAUCAUUGGCUGUCAAUAUUCUUAAUCCUCAUAAAUCAUCUCGUCGACAACGACACUAUGCUGCUGCAGUAGCUCAAGCAUCAGCAGAAACUCAAGCUCUCAAUGAUCGUCUAUUUAAACGAUUUUCCGAAUUAAGUCGACUUGCGACCAAUAGCGAAUGUGUCGAUCAAUUAAUGGAUCUAUUGCGUAUGCAAAAUUCAAUGGACGAAAUCUUAUCUCUAAUAAGUCAAGCAACAUCCGCACAGGUGCAUGCCCGAAUUGCCGAAUUACUUCAUACAUUACUUAAUGUAAGUUCAUACUUUUGA